CCCACCCACCUAUUUUCCUUCCCCCACACCCACAACCAACUAACCAACAACAUCCUCACAUUUCACAUACACUCACCUAAACCACCAAAUUCACCACCACAACCACAACCACCACAACCAUGCCCGGCCUCACCCCCGCCCAACUCGAGGCCUUUAACACCACCGGCUACCUUAUAAUCCCCGACUACCUCACCCCCAGCGAAAUCUCCGCCUGCCUAACCGAAACCAACAACCUCCUGACAACCUUCCCACUAGACACCCACCCCCUCACCCAAUUCACCACCGGCGACACCUCCUCCCCAACAGACAAACACGUCGGCGACACCUACUUCCUCGAAAGCGGGGACAAAAUCCGCUUCUUCUUCGAGCCCUCCGCCAUCAACCCAGCCACCUCCACCCUGCUCAAGCCCAAACACCUCGCGGUGAACAAAAUCGGACAUAGUUUGCACACGCUCUCCGAACCCUUCAAGUCCAUCACACUUUCGCAACGCAACGCAGAUAUCGCCCGAUCCCUGGGCUUCAAAGACCCAAGGGUAUUGCAAAGCAUGGUGAUUUGCAAGCAGCCGGGGAUUGGAGGGGCGGUGCCCCCGCACCGUGAUAGCGAGUUCUUGUAUACGGAUCCGCCGAGUGCGGUUGGGUGGUGGAUUGCGUUGCAGGAUGCUGGGAAGGGGAAUGCGAGUUUGGGGAUGGUGAGGGGGAGGAGGUUUCCUAAAGGGUUGGAGAUUGAUGAUGAUGAUAAGGUUGAAGGGGGUGAAGGGGAGGAGGAGGAGGUCGAGGUGGUGGAUGUUAAGGCGGGGUCGUUGGUGUUGAUUCAUGGUAAUGUGUUGCAUAAGAGUGAGAGGAAUACGGGGGAUAAGAGUCGGUUUGCUUAUACAUUUCAUGUUAUUGAGGGGGCGGAGGGAUGGGAGUAUGAUGGGAGGAAUUGGUUGCAGCCGACUGGGGAGGGAUUUUCGAGGUUGUAUGAUGAUCAUUCUACCUAGUAGUAGUAGUAGUAGUAGUAGUAGUAGUAGUAGUUAUCUACUGGAUGUAGGGGUGUAUAGAAGAGGGUUAAAGGAAGUUAUGCAUGUAUGUAUCAUCUAUG